AGAUAAGAACUGAUAUAAACUAAAUCCGAAAUAAACCGGGGUCCAUGGGUCUCUUACACGCAUUUGAACGGGAAUCGUAACCUCUCGCGGUGUUUGUCCGUUUACGCGGUCACUUCUCUGACUUGCGGUGUGUGGUGUCGCGCUCGAGUGUCGAGGCAUGCCGUUAAUGUGCUUUAAAAACAGACAAGUCUUUAGUAAUUCGUUUUAUGAUCAGCAGCUGCUAUAUUUAGGAACGUUGAAUUAGACUCCGUUCAUUGCCCGUUAGAGAGUGGCGUGGAUUAAUUAUUUGAGUUUUACUUGAGCUAGAGAAAAUGUGUAUUUCUGUGAUCAGUCUGAAUGAAAGAUGCAUGGCAAAGUGCAGAUGAUCUCAACUGAUUUGAAAAAAAAAAAAAGCCAUUAAUCCACAAAGAAGUAAACUGACAAUAGCUUUAAUGUAUCUACAUAUUAGGGCCUGUAAACAUUUAUAUUUCAAGCCUGUCGAAAAGCCACACACUUCACAUCAGCGUUUCACACUUGGCCUGGUAAAGUCAUGAAAGCUGUUUCCUUUCAUGACUGACAGUGCUAAAUACAAGAGAAUGAUCUAAACUGACCCCAGGCCAGUGUUAAAGGAAAUCUACUAAGAAAGAGAACUUAAAAGUCUUGUUUCCUGAUUUUGAGCCUCAGUUGCAUGAACAUAAUUUUGAAACAUUAACUGCCAGUUCUGUCUCUCUAAGCACAGCAGGCAUGAGAUCAUCCGUUCCCCAUCUCAUCCUCACCUUAGCCCUGUCACUUUAUUUGUCUCCCAUCGACCCUGUUCAGAAUACGGUUGAUGGGGUGGAGCCUGUUAUCGAUAGGCGUACUUUUUCAGUGAUCUGGAAUAUACCAACAGCUCGGUGUCAGCGACGAUAUGGAGUCUCCUUGCCGCUGCGCCCGUUCAACAUCAUUCAUAACUCACAGCAGAGAUUUCAGGGUCAAAAUAUGAGCAUAUUUUAUCAGCGCCGUCUGGGCCUUUACCCCUACAUCAACCGUCAGGGUUCAAAGGUCAAUGGUGGCCUGCCUCAACAAGGAUCCCUGAUGGCUCACCUCUCAUUGGCCGAAGAGCAGCUCAGUGAAGUGCUGAGACGCACAUUCAGUGGAUUAGCCGUGUUAGAUUGGGAAGCAUGGCAGCCCAUAUGGAUGUGGAAUUUUGGGACAAGAACUGUAUAUCGGAAAUUUUCUAAAAAGCUGGUGAGGUGGGAACAUCCAGAUAUGUCAGAGGAGAAAGUGAAAUCCCAGGCGAAGGUGGAGUUUGAAUUAGGAGCAAGAUUGUUUAUGGAAGAGACUCUGCGCCUUGGUGUUCGCCUCUGGCCAGAGGGAUUAUGGGGAUUUUAUGGGUUUCCCAGUUGCUAUAACAAUCACGGCCAAGGACAGAGCGGGUACACGGGGCAGUGCCACAAUGGAACAGAGAUUCUGAAUGACCGGCUGGCGUUUCUAUGGCAACAGUCUACCGCCUUGUAUCCCAGCAUUUAUUUGUGGCGUAAGCUGGCCGGACACGCAGACGCUCAACUCAUGGUGAGACACCGUGUACUUGAGGCUCUCCGAGUGGCAUCCCAGCAUUCAUCUGGCACUGAAGCACUUCCUGUUUUUCCCUAUGCCAGGCUGGCGUUCACACACACAUUGGUCUUUCUGAAUCAGACGGAUUUGGAGCACACACUAGGUGAGAGUGCUGCUUUAGGGGCUGCUGGAGUCGUGUUAUGGGGCGAGCUGAGUUUUGCAAAGUCUGAGCGGCAGUGCACUGUCCUGCACGAUUACAUUAGCUCAGUAUUGGGAGAGUAUGUCGCCGCCCUGCAGGCCGGUGUGAGGAACUGCAGCAAGAAAGUGUGUAACAACCAGGGCCGCUGCGCUCGACGAGACCCUCACUCAGGUUACAUGAUCCCUCUACACGGUACCCGUGAAGAUCUUCCGCUCAGUGACAUGAGGUCAAAGUUCAAGUGUGUCUGUUAUAAAGGAUGGAGUGGAGAACACUGUGAGCAAACAGUUUUUUAAGAACAAAUGUGGUUUUCUGAUUUGCAUUCAGUCAGGAUUUUUUAAAUAAUUUAUAAGCAGUUAAAUCAAACCAACCAGCUACAUAACACAUUUUUAUUUGAAUUAAAUAAUCAUUUGAUAAGUGGACUGAGGGUAUGAGCACUAAAGAAGUCUUUUAUGAUGAUUGGCUUUGAUUCUUUGCAGAAUCAUGAGUAAUGUAUAAAAAUUCCCUUUUGAGAAGAUGAAUAGGAUUUUUGAAAUAUACUGUUGAAAUAUAACCCCACAGAGGAAAAGCUACUUGUUGUAUUUUUGAUGAACGAUUUGAUUUUUUUUUUCCAUUUGGAAAAAUGUCCACAUGUAAAUCUUUCAAAAUAAAACCAGGACCAGAAAUGUAGUAACACUUUCAUUCAUAUUUAUUCUUAUUUUAAAAUUCCUAUUUUUCCUCAUUAAAUAGAAUGUCAUGGUCUAUAUAAUUAUUUACAAUCAUUCAGCAGUCGCUCAAAAAGCUUACCAUAAGUAAUGUUCUUGCUCAUUCACUCCAUUUUUGGAGUGAUAAUUAAGUAAAAUAUAAUAACGGGUAUGAUUAUUUACAUUUUUUCAUAUUUCAUAGUGUUUUAUGCUUAUGUUUGCUUUAGUGAAACUAAUAUAGCAAGUUGCAACUGUACAAAUCAGUGCUGGUGAAAAGUCAAUUAAUUAAUACACUGUUUUCCAGGUACACUGCACAAAAAUCAGGAGGUUAAGUGAAUGUUUUUGAGCAAGAUAUUGGAUUCCAGUGGAGCAAUAGAAGUCCUUAAGACCAAGAAUCACACGUGUUGCUGUGAAGUAAUCGUGCUCUUCUCACAGUGCAGUAAUGUUUCUCCUGUGACUUAGUGUUCAGAUAUUUUUGUUAUGGUCACUGCUCUGUGAGAUUAAUGUGCAGCUUUUGCAGCUCUUGUAAAAGUUGGGAGAUUUCUUCAGCCGUUUCCUUUUUCUGUUUCACCAUCUCCAAAAGUGCGUGGAGAGCACUGCUCUGCUGGACU